UGGUUACCAACUCUGAAAUGAGACAGAGAUUUGUCAAACUUGCGGUUGAAUUCUUAAUCAAAUACGACUUCGAUGGCCUGGACUUGGAUUGGGAACAUCCGGGCGCCAGAGGGGGUGCGGCGACUGAUAAAGAGAAUUAUGUCAAACUAUUAGAGGAAUUGAAAUUAGCGUUUGAGCCACAUGGAUUUCUCCUGACGGCCGCUUUAUCUCCAGGCAAAAGCACAAUUGACCAUGCUUUUGUUAUUCCAAAACUGAAUGAACUGGUCGAUUGGGCAAAUGUGAUGGCAUACGACUACCAUGGUGGGUUUGAUAACUAUUUGGGACACAACGCACCCAUAUUUCAUAGACCCGAAGAGACUGAAGAGUUGGAGAGAAGUCACCCGGGAAUGGAUUACACGCACUUCACUGUCGACUUUACUAUCAAUUAUUUCCUAAGUCUGGGUCUGUCUAAAGAGAAGAUGAUAAUGGGAGUGCCCUUCUAUGGCAGGGGUUGGACUCUUAUGGACGCUCAACACAAUAAACUUCACGACGAGGCAAAGGGUAUGUCACCCGCGGGUUGGAUAGGGGGUGAACCCGGAGUGUUGGGCUACGACGAGUUGUGUCAAAUGUUUUCGAAAAACAAAAGCGAUUGGCACCACACGGGAGACCCCUAUUAUUUGGCUCCGUAUUCGUGGACUAAUGAGAUAUUUAUCGGACACGAAGACGUUAAGAGUCUUAAAUGCAAAAUCGCAUACUUGAAGAGCAAGAAACUGAAGGGAGCGAUGGUUUGGGCGCUUGAAAACGACGACUUCAAGAACCGUUGCGGUGACGGAAAGAAUCCAUUGCUUAAUACCGUGUAUUCUAUGCUUAACGGCAAAGACAGCGGAUCUAUGGAGUGUCCCUACGGAGACGUUAUCCCCAGGACUCCCGCCCCGACCACACCUACACCCGCGCCCACUACACCCACUCCCAAACCCACUACUAAGCCCACACCGACACCACUGCCCACCCCCGACCCAACUGAUGACCCUGUGGACUUUUACUGUUCCCGCGACGGGUAUAUGGCGUACGAAAAAGAUCACCACAAGUUCUAUCAGUGCGAGAAUAUCGGACCCCAUCGGUGGAGACUAACCCUUCAGCCCUGUCCGGGAGACAUGACAUGGGUUCAGGCGCACAGAAAGUGUGACGGACCCCCCGAUGGUCUUUACUAA